CAGAAGCCAUGUUGUGAUUUGUGAAACAGUGUAAUUUCGGCGUCCAGAUGAUAAAUAAGCAACUGGGUUUUGUAAACUAGGAUGAUGCAAACACGAACAUUUAGUCUGGAAAAAAGCUGAUGCUCCAUUAGUAUUAUUAUUAUUGUUGAUUUGAACUCACGGAACCAGCAAAUAUCUUUUGAUUCUGUGGGACAGAAACUGUAGUCAUGGUCAACAAGAAAAAGAUUUGGACAAAAAAAGAGGGAACAGAUGAGAUAUGUACUGAACCAGGCUCUAUGGUAUUGCAGACUCAGUUUACUGGGAAGUGGGCACAGAAUUGCUUUUCAGUGAGCACUUUGUGGUGUUGAUUCGACUGCCGACUUGGGUGGUAGUCGACAGGAGAAGCACGAAGAUGGAUGAUUCAAAUGGCAGAUCCAAGUCUACCCAACCAGUGUUAAUUUAAAAGAAGAUUGGGAGGAGACGGCGAAUCAAGAGGUGGUAACAUCAACAAGAUAUGCAUCCAACAGUAGAAGGUUAAUUCAACGUAGGGGUGAUAGUUGUUGCAUUUCAUUUCAAGAAACUAUUAAUGAAAGAGUUGUCCAUGAUGAACUGAAGAUAGGCACAUGGGAAUCAACAAAUUUCACCAUGUUUGGUACACACACAGGAGGAUUGACCUCACAAGAAGAUAAUGUACUCUGCACGAAGCUAAAAUAUCGUUCGAGGGAAAAAGAACUGCAGAAAUUUAGUUGCAGUUUCUGCCUACAGAGCUUUCCCUCAAAAUAUAAACUCAUAAAGCAUGUCUUCACACACAUAGAUGGUGUGCAGCCGCCUGUAUAUAUUUGUAAGUUGUGUGGUGAAGUAUUUCCCAGUAAUGGUAGCUUAAACAAACAUGGGAAAAUGGGUGUGUGUGAUCAAGCUUUACUUGCCGGUAUUAAUGAGAAAUUUGACUCUAGUUAUAACCCCAAAAAAACUGACUUCUUGGAUCAUGAUCAAGAACUUUCUAUGUUGGAACAGACUGAGAAGCAGUCGUCAUCUAAGGACUCUGGGAAGACUUUAAAAAAAAACUUUGACAUUUGUAACACACGAACUAUUUCACGCAACUCAAAGAAACGAGACAGAGGUGAAAGUAAUUCAACUUUAACAGCAGCUGUUAAAGUCAGUACAAACACUGUUGGACUUACUGUAAAGAGACCCCACAAAUGUGAUAUAUGUGGCAACUGCUUUACACAGCUGGGUUCUCUAAAGAGCCAUAUUUUAAUACACACUGGGAAGAAACCUCACAAAUGUGAUGUGUGUGGCAAAUCUUUUACACAAUUGGGUACUCUCAAGAGCCAUGUCUUAAUACACACUGGAAAAAGACCACACAAAUGUGACAUUUGUGGUAAAUCUUUUACUCAGUUAAGUACUCUCAAGACACAUUUAUUAUUACACAAAGGAAACAGACCACACACGUGUGAAAUAUGUGGCAAAUCGUUUGCUCUGUUGCGUGGUCUGAAGUGCCAUGCAUUAAUACAUGCUGGUAUAAAACCACACAAAUGUAAUAUUUGUGGUAAUUCUUUCACUCAGUUGGGUCAUCUCAAGGAGCAUGUAUUAAUACACAUAGGAAUAAGACCACACAAAUGUCAUGUAUGUGGCAAAUCUUAUACCCAGUCAAAUACUCUCAAGAAACAUGCAUUGACACACAUGGGAAGGAGACCAUACGAGUGUGAUAUUUGUGGCAUGUCUUUUACUCAGUCGGGUAAUCUGAAGACUCAUUCCUUAAUACACACUGGACAGAGACCCCAUAAAUGUGAUAUCUGUGGCAAGUCUUUUGUCCAGUCAGGUACUCUGAAGAGUCAUAGAAUAAUACACACUGGAAAGAAACCGCACAAAUGUGGUAGUUGUAACAAAUCUUUUACUGAUUUACGUAAUCUCAAAAGACAUGAAUUAAUACACACUGGUAAGAGACCCCACAAAUGUGAUAUCUGUGGCAAAUGUUUUACUCAGUUGGGCAAUCUCAAGAGGCAUGUAUUAUUACAUACUGGAAAGGAAUAAAAACAUCAAUAUCUGUAGAUGGUCCCCUCGAGAUUAACAGAGCAUGCAAAAGUAUGAAAAAACAUUUCUGCAGCUUAACAUUUCGAUAAAUUGCUGUAUUAGGUCCUGCAGAUAUUACUAUCAGAGUUAAGACCAGAAGUUGCUCAACUGUGAGAAAUCUCUUGACUGUUGCAGUUAUCAUAAGUACCAUGUAGCAUUCAGUGCUCUAGAUAAGGCAAGGAAAUAUAAUGGUAUUUUGCAUAUCACUUCAAGGAUGGUGUCAUUCUGAGAUCCAUGAAGCUGUAAGUGCUAGGCAGAAGGAGAUGGCUAAAAUACAACAUUUGUGACACCCUUCACUCAGGAAAGUAAUCUUAACACUUGAGAAAGAUGGCAGAACUUUUACAGUUAUAGAAGUUACUUCUCAGAGAUAUGCUUUCACUACACUAAUGUUGUGCAAGUAACUAAGUGUACAUGUAUGAUUCUAUGUUACA